CCCAAGUCCCACAAGUCCAGCGACAGAGAGAGGAAGAAGAUUUUGUCUUUGGUCGACGUCGACUGCAAGGAAGCUCCUGUUCUGCGACUUCGAUCAACUGCGACUGCAAGGAAGAAGGCCAUACCAGAUCCGCGACUGCAAAUUCGAACCUCUCUAGAUCUGCGACUUCUAACCUCGAUCGAACCUCACCAGAUUUGUGGUAACCGAUGGCAGCUCCAGGGGGCCAUAAUUCACUCUCUGAUAAUAUGCAAAACUUACAAAUUAAUCGGCCCAAUAGGCCGGUGGUCAAUUCCGGUGGCCCUAUAAGGCCUCCUCCUCCCUUUGCACAACAACCCCCACCAUUUUCCGGUGCGGCCCCUGUAACCCGACCGGGCUCACCAGCACCACCACCACCUGGUGUCUUUCUUAGGGCUACGGGGCCUCCUAGUGGUCCCCCUCAAACUACACUGCCACCAAAUGUGGCUCCUAGAUCUAUGGUCUCACCUGUUACUCAGCAGCCUCCAUCUUUUGCAGCGAGGCCUUCGCCUCCACCUCCAGCCCCUGGGUCAUUUCCGUUACCUAUGGGUGGUCCAGUUCCACCCCCUUCUGGGUCACCUCCUAAUGCGUUCCCAUCCGGUCCUCGCCCUGGGCCUUAUCCAGUGACAACAGGUUCGGUGGUGUCUCCUGCAGGCACCAUUCCGGGUUCGAUUAGUAAUGGACCACCAACCUUUGGGUCGGGGAUGAUGCAAGGUGGGCCCCGUUUUCCUUCUGCUGUCAGUACAACAUGGUCACCCCCUGUUGGACCUUCACCACCCCCCACAAUGUUAACGUCCAGGCCUUCCGGGGCUCCUCCCCACCCUCCAAGCAUGAGUACUCCUUUUGGAAGUGGGCCUCCUAGUGCAUCAGCAGGUCCUGCACAACCUGCCCCACCAUUUUCAACACCACUACAUAGUGUGCAGCCCCCUCCAGGUUCUUCACCAUUUGCAGCACCACUUCAAGGUGUACCUCCAUCUUCAGGUUCUCCAUACGGGCCUCCAACAUGGACAAUGCAGCCGAGGCAGGUGGCCCCACCUCUACCAAUUCCUGGUUCUUCUCAACCACCAAGGAUGUUUGGAAUGCCACCUCUGCCACCUCAAAAUCAAUCUUUGGCUGAUAUACCACCUGCAAUGGGUCAUACGGGAGCUGCAGUAACAGGGCCAUCGAAAAUUGAUCCAAAUCAAAUUCCGCACCCUAUUCCAAGUUCCUCAGUAAUUUUGCAUGAAACUCGUCAGGGCAAUCAGGCCAAUCCUCCGCCGCCGGCUACAAGUGAUUACAUAGUCACGGACACGGGGAAUUGCAGUCCGCGUUACUUGAGGUGUACUAUCAAUCAGGUCCCAUGCACCGCUGAUCUUUUGACCACAUCGGGGAUGCAGUUGGCUUUAUUGGUCCAACCCUUCGCCCUUCCUCAUCCAUCCGAGGAGCCUAUUCAAGUUGUGGAUUUUGGGGAAAGUGGUCCUGUUCGAUGUUCUCGUUGCAAAGGCUACAUAAACCCUUUCAUGAAGUUUAUUGAUCAGGGAAGACGUUUCAUAUGUAACUUUUGUGGAUUUACGGAUGAAACUCCCCGCGAUUAUCACUGCAACUUAGGUCCAGAUGGUAGGCGCAGAGAUGCAGAUGAAAGGCCUGAGCUAUGUAGAGGAACUGUCGAAUUUGUUGCCACCAAGGAGUUCAUGGUUGCAUUGAUAAAGAUGAAUCAAAGGUUGACGGAAGAAGGGUGGAGCCAAGAUCUCUUCACAGGGAGGUUGUGUCAUGGAGCUCUGCGGUUGUGA